GCUAAUUACCCUUUCCGGCUGGUCUGAGACCCGUGCUGCAACAAGUUUAUCGUCAUUGAUCAAUACUGGAUUUUCCUCUUCGUAAUCGUCGGUAUACAGCGCCAUGGCGAGAAGCAGGCUGUUUGAGUUGUUGAGAUCCGUUCUCUUCUAUGGCUAUGGUCUGUUUACGCUGUUUCUGUAUGCUUUGAUAUCUAUACAGAAAGGGACCUUUUUCAAGCGGCCGACCGAGAAAGAGAAGUUGGAGCUACGUAUCGCUCGAGACCGUUUCUGGAACCUCUCAAAGGACUGCUCCGGCCUCUCACAUCACUUCCUGACUCUACGCAACGGCUUCAAGUUCCACUACGUGAGCAACUAUGCUCCCGGUCGCAGCGCCGACAAGCCGCUAGUCGUCUUCAUUCAUGGAUUCCCUGAUAGCUGGGCGAUAUGGCGCCACAUUAUCUGCUCUCAUUCGCUCCAGAAGGAGGCCGUCGUGGUUGCUGUCGAUUUACCCGGGUACGGGGGCAGUGGUACUAUGGAUGAGUAUACAGCGACAAAUGUGUUGGAGAGCCUAGCUGAGUUUAUCAUUGCAAUCCGCGCUCAGUACGGGAUUGAUACGGAGACCGAGACGAACCAGAGGCGAGUGGUGAUCGUUGGGCAUGACUGGGGCUGUGUUCUUGCGAUGCGGCUGGCAGCGGAUGCUCCCCAGUUAGGGGAUAGGUUUAUCCUCACUAAUGGACCCUUGCCCCGUUUAGCUGCGGCCAAUAUACGUCGUCUAUUGUCUUCAUCGUGGAAGAUGAUCAAGACAUCAGGACGUACCCCGAUUCGUUCCCGUUCAACGCUUCUGAAGGCAGCUAAGACCUUGAUUCCUGUGUUCCGACAGCUGAUCCUUUCCGGCUACAUCUUUGCCAUGCAGCUGCCCAUGGUGCUUGUUGAAUACUUGGGCCACGGAGGCAACCAUUCCUUCCUAAAAGCAGCUCACAGAGGAUCGUGUGGAAAUGCCGAAUUCACGCCUCGGGAUGCUGCCGAAUGCAUGGCAAGCAGCCUGGGCCCUUCUGUCGAGGAGUGCAACACGGCAACGUCCGACGGCGAUGAGUAUCCGGAGUCGGUCAAGAAAAACCGUACCUCCUCCUUUCCGCAGAUGGCAUGUUAUUACAGGCAGGGAGCCGCGUUCUCUCGAUGGGAGAAAUCCCUCGAGACCAUUGCAUAUCUUCACAGCCUCAGUCGCGGUGUUGAUUUCCGGCGGACGAGUAGCGGGGCGGAGCUGUUCGACGGGGGUCCCGAGGGAUUUUUAAAGGCGCAUUCCACCAUCAUUUGGGGUCGGGAUGAUAUCGCAUUGGAACCGCAUUUGUGCCUCGAUGGGAUCUCAGAUUACUUGGUCUACAACAGCCAGGUGGUGGAGCUGCCUCGAUCCGGACAUUUUACGCCCAUGGAGCCGGAAAGUCAACUGGCACUGGAAAAGGUCGUCGAGUGGGCCGUCAAGGGUGAGAAGGAGGACAUUGGUGCUGUUAUUGGGAACUGCUAUCCAAAAGCAGUGGUUACUGUUCGGCGAUGAACGACUGGGUUAGGAUAGGAUAUUGAAUAUCUCCUCAUCUCCCUCCUCCGGGGGACAUUAUUAUCACAAUAUCAUGCAGCUUCUCUCAAUGAUGUAAUAGGGACGGGAGGUAUAACUAUCAACAAUGCCGAUUGGACUCGCAGCGCAUCGCAUGUCAUACGACAGCUGUGGCGUCUUGGGCCACAUUCAGUGUUGAUUAUGGUUAAGACAGCGCAAGGACUGUGUAUCUAAACGCAUCUCAACAAAACCGCGGUCUGUUCGUCAGUGGCAUCUUGACCAUUCGAGUAGCACGGACAAGGUGUAGCUGUAGCCG